AUGAGUUUGAUUGUGAGAUUAAGGCAUCACCUGGCAAAUGGGUUGUGUGCAAAAUCACACCUUCCUGCUUUGAGUCGAGCAAGCAUCAACGGUGUAUUGCCACGGAGCUUUGCUCAAGCUGCUAGGAAAGAAGAGGAUGAAGAGGAAGAAGUAGAAAUCGAUCAAAGGAGGCUGCCAGCUGACUAUGAUCCUGCAACUUUUGACCCCACGGAGCACCGUAGCCCUCCCACCGAGCGCGUGUUCAGGCUCGUUGAUGAAAUUGCCUCGCUGACAUUGGCAGAAGUCGCGGAGCUGGGUUCGAUUAUAAUGAAAAGGAAAGGAAUGAAAGAAUCGCCGACUGUGGGAGUAAUAAAGGGUGGAACAGCAGCUGGACUGGCUGGGAUGGGAAUUAAGGGGUCAACUGGAGCAGCUGCCAAGGAGGAAAAGAAACCAGAGAAGACGGUUUUCGAAUUGAAAUUGGAAUCGUAUGAAGCUGCUUCUAAGAUUAAGAUAAUCAAGGAGGUGAGGAGUUUUACUGAUCUUGGUCUUAAGGAAGCCAAGGAUUUGGUGGAGAAGACGCCAGCAGUGUUGAAGGCAGGUGUGUCGAAGGAAGAUGCCGAGAAGAUAAUCGAGAAGAUGAAAGCUAUUGGUGCCAAAGUUGUGAUGGAAUGA